AUGGGUAGAGCUCCAUGUUGUGAGAAAGUAGGGUUGAAGAGGGGAAGGUGGACGGCUGAAGAAGACAAGAUCAUGAUCGACUACAUUCAAACUCACGGCGAAGGCUCUUGGAGGUCUUUACCCAAAAAUGCUGGAUUGCUGAGGUGCGGCAAGAGUUGCAGGCUGAGAUGGAUAAACUACUUGAGAUCUGAUCUAAGGAGAGGCAACAUAUCCAAGGAGGAGGAAGAUGUGAUAACCAAGCUACAUGCAUCCUUGGGUAACAGGUGGUCCUUGAUAGCUGCCCACUUGCCUGGGCGAACAGACAACGAAAUCAAAAACUAUUGGAACUCCCACCUCAGCCGAAAAAUCAUUCCCUCGAGAAGGCUGCCGGUGCCGUCAAUGCCCGACCUAUCACCACACAAACGCAAAGGCAGAACCAGCCGAUCCACCAUGAAGAUCAACAAAACGUAUACAUCUUUUUCCAAUGCUAACAACAAGAAGCUGAUGACGGACCCCACCGUGGUAUGCGCCAAUAAGACCACUUCAUGGGACGCACCACCUACAUUGAUUUCACCUGUCAAUGUUCCUAUAACGCCUUUGACACCAUGUACAGAAAAAGAAAGCAUUCAUGUUUACUUGGACCCAACUUGUUCGAGCAGUUAUCAGCACUCGGAUGAUGGAGAUAUGAUGGUUGAUGACGAUGGGAUGAAUUACUUUAUUGAGAAUGGGGCCCUACUUUUGGAGGAUGUUGUUGAGGAGGAGAAAAUUACACAAGAUGCAACUAGUAAUGGAGGAAAAGAAGGGAAGGAAAUUGAAAGCGAAAAAGGGGAGUUAGUUGGUGGUAAUAGAAGCAGCUCAUCAACCGAUUUAUUGAAUGUGGGUGAUGGGAAGCAAGUGGUUGAUGGGGAGUGGGAGUGGAAUUGGAAUUGGAAUUUUGAUGAUGAAGAAGUAGGGUUAGGGUUAGGGGUUGGUGAGGAAGAAGAAGAUAUCAUUCUAUCAUGGCCAUGGCAGGAGAGCGAGCUAGCAAGCACAACAACAGAUAAUAUUGCUGCAUGGCUUCUUUCUUAAUUA